AAAUAAAACAAAAGAGAGGAAGAACUGACAAAGUGUUUCUUUUAAAAUGAGCUCUCCCUCAUCAAUGGAAAGGAAAACGAGGCGCUCUCCUCUGCAGGGCCCUCUGAUGAAUGAACAGGGGGAAGAUAGGAGUGUGCUGUUCAAGAGGAACCAGCUGCAAGAUUCUCCCCCGAGUGACUUUGAGCUCAUGGCUGCCAUGAUGCAGCGCAUUACUACACUGGAGAACAGAGUGAGGAGUCAAGCCCAAGAACUAGAACAGCAGGAUGAAAUCAUUUCAGUUUUGGAGGAGCAGCUGAGAUCUCGGGGAGAGUCAGAUUUAGAGAGUCCGUCAUGUAGCAGAGAAGAUCUUGAAAAAAAGUGCCAACUGCUGCAAAAUAAACUGCAGGAAAUGGAGAUCUUCCUGAGUGACUAUGGUCUGAUCUGGGUGGGAGACAGAGACUCCAGUGACUCCGAAGAGAGCCAGUGUGCUACAAGCUCACAUGGGUUACCUACUGAAAAGGGCUUCCAAGUGAACUUUGACCUUGUUCUGCAGAGGAUCAGAGAGCUGAAUGCUCUUGCAGGCGAAGAGACUUUCGUGCAAGUAACCGGAAACAGAGCCAAGCUGGUGAAGAAAGAUCCUAUUCAGCUGAAGCUCUACAAAAACGGCAUCGUCAUGUUUGAUGGUCCUUUCCGCUCCUAUCAGGAUCAAAGCACCCAGCGGUGCAUGGAAGACCUGAUGGAUGGCUACUUUCCAUCUGAGCUUCAGCAGAGAUUUCCAGAUGGGGUACCUUUGGAGGUUCAUGACCGUCGAGACGAGGAAUUUAUGUUUAGAGAGCCGUGGGACACAAUUCCUGGUGAGAGACAAGCGGUUUAUAGGGAUGAAUCAACUAAUUCAUUUGGUUUUUUGCCAGGUGGGAGGCUGACCACAGAUCAGUUCCUCAGCAAGCUGCCAAAGGUAGUAGUGAAGGCUGGCAAUGUGAUCCACAUCAGGAGCUCAAUGAGGAGAACUCUGCAGGGUGCUUCUGAGGCUCAGUGCAGCAGCUCAGAGACGCUCAUCAACACACCAGCGCUCCACUCAGUGAAGGGCAGAACACAGAUGAAAAACUGUGAAAAAACUGUCCAAGCUCUCAUCACCCUAAAGUUGAAAUCAGAGGAUGGGAAUCACAUCUAUGUCAUGAAAAUGAGCCCCUCAGAAACAGUUGGCCAGCUGCGAGCCUAUCUGGACAUUCACAGGGGAGCAGGUCAGCCUGAUUAUGACAUCAUCAGUGCAUAUCCACCCUGCAGCUUCAGCGAUGAUGGCUGCACACUCCAGUCAUGUGGACUUUCAUCAAAUGCGACUCUGCUGCUGCGUCGCAGGGAACAAAGCAAGCAGUAAACACUAAAGAGUUUGAGCUUCUCUUUGAUUUUCUGGAUC